GUUUGCGUCUUUGACAAUGGUCAAUACCGAUGUGAAUGUCCAUCGGGUGUAAUGCGACUACCUGAUGGUCGAUGUCUUUGGGUAAAUGAAUGUGCACGACCGUCAUUGCAUACCUGCCAUAAAGAUGCCUUGUGCAUUGAUCAGGACAUUUUUAGAUAUGGUGUCGAUUGUGAUCCUAACGCAGCUUGUGUUGAUACUCCAGAAGGAUUCCAAUGUGUUUGUCAACCCGGGUUCGCUGAUGUUUCAACAUCUGUCAGUAAACUGCCAGGAAGAAAGUGUGUCGAAGUAGUGAAUGAGUGCAGUACUGGGAAAGCGGACUGCUCCUGCAAUGCUGAUUGCUUUGAUCGAGCUGAAGGUUAUGAGUGCAAAUGUCGCCCUGGAUUCGUGGACGCUUCUCCAGAUGUCGUACACUAUCCAGGAAGAGUUUGCAAUAAGCCAAAAUCGCCAGAGCAUUAUGGUCAGACUAGCAGACAGCCUCAAUGCCGUACUUCGGAGCAAUGUGGCCCGAAUGAAGAAUGUCGUUUCAAUGCUAAAGGUGAAAUGGUAUGUCAAUGCAAACGUGGAGCUGUUCAACAACGAGAUGGGCAAUGUAAAGUAGUCAAUGAAUGCGCUGAUGGAACAGCUGAUUGCUCACCAUAUGCAGAAUGCAUUGAUCUCCAGCAGGGUUACAUGUGCAAGUUAGUCAAUGAAUGCGCUGAUGGAACAGCUGAUUGCUCACCGUAUGCAGAAUGCAUUGAUCUCCAACAGGGUUACAUGUGCAAGUGUAAGCUGGGGUAUACAGAUGUAUCAUCAAGAUAUAAUCUGCAACCGGGAAGGAGCACAGAAGCAACAUCAAAGUCGAAUCUUUGCAGCCUAAUCAAUAUAUCGAUUGCCUACCGUAUUUCAGUAGCCAAUCAAUGUUCGGACCCCACGUUGAACUCUUGUGACCAGAAUGCUGACUGCGUUCAGUUGCCGGAUAGCUACACUUGCAAGUGCUUUGCUGGUUACGUUGACGUCUCCACCAAUGCUAACCUUUCACCUGGACGAGUUUGCACCCUCAGCACUGUUUGCCCUGUUCAAGCAACCGAUCUAGUAUUUUUAAUUGAUGGAUCAGGAUCGAUUGGAUCGUACAUCUUCCAGACUGAGGUUUUGAGGUUCCUCAACGAAUUCACGGAACUCUUCGACAUUGCGCCUGACAAGACUCGGGUUUCUGUGGUGCAAUAUUCUGAUCAAAUCAGGUUCCUCAACGAAUUCACGGAACUCUUCGACAUAGCGCCUGACAAAACCCGGGUUUCUGUGGUGCAAUAUUCUGAUCAAAUCAGGCAUGAAUUCGGCUUAGGUGACUACAAAGACAGCAAAUCACUUCACGAAGCCAUUCGAGGAAUUGAAUACCUUACUGGCCUCACCCGCACUGGAGCCGCAAUUGAACAUGUGGCUAACGAAGCGUUCAGCGAGCGAAGAGGUGCUCGCCCCAUUUCAGAUCGAGUUGCCCGAGUUUGCAUUGUGAUUACCGACGGUAGAAGUCAGGUGGGCUUUCUGGAACAUUUGAAUUCUUGAUU